UCCUCCCUCUCUGGGUUAGUGUCAUUCUGUAGUGGAGAUGUGGAGUGUCCUUCUUUCUCUCUCUCUGUUUCUCCAGUCUAAUUCAGCUGAAGAAGUGAUGCUGCUGGACACAACAGAGUCUACCUCGGAGCUUGGCUGGACCACCUAUCCUGACACGGGGUGGGAUGAGGUCAGUGUCCUAGAUGACCGGGGGAGACUCAUCCGGACCUUUGAGGUCUGCAACGUCAAUCAGAACCCCCGUCUCCAGGACAACUGGCUGGCCACGCCCUUCCUCUUCCGCUUCUCGGCACCACGGGCCUUUGUGACGCUGCGUUUCUCCAUGCGGGACUGUGCCAGCCUGCGCUCGCCCUCGCCCUCCUGCCGCGAGACACUCACCCUCUACUACAAACAGGCCGACUCACAGAGAGAGCUGGAGAGGACAUGGGCUGCAGAGCCGUCCAGUGGAGAGAAGGACACGAGGGAGGGCUGGGUGAAGGUUGACACCAUAGCAGCAGAUAAGAGUUUCACCAAGGUGGAGCCCAGCCUGCCUCACCAGUACCAACCAGACCGCUACCGUCGGGUCAACAUCAAGACCCGCAGCUUCGCUCCGCUCACACGCAAUGGAUUCGUCCUGGCCAUCGUCGACAGCGGCGCAUGCGUCUCUCUGAUGGGUGUGUCCAUCUUCUACCGCCGCUGCCCAGCAACCAACCGCUAUCUUGCUUCCUAUCUGGCCACACCCUCAGGGGCGGAGCCUACCGCCCUGGUCCCUGUGACUGGGACUUGUGUUCCCCACAGCCAAGCACAGGGAGGCUCCGCCCCCCGCAUGCACUGCAAUGCAGAAGGUGACUGGAUGGUGCCGGUGGGUGGGUGCAUCUGUGAAGAGGGAUAUGAGCCCAAUCAAAACGGAUCUGCCUGCUUAGAAUGUCCAGUGGGGUACUUUAAGUCGGUGUUGGGUUCGGUUCCGUGUUCAGUGUGUCCGUCUAACAGCAGAACCAGUCAGGAGGGAUCGCGUGUGUGUGAGUGUCGCAGCGGCUUCUACAGAGCACCCGCCGACGUCAACUCCUCCGCCUGCACAAGCUCUCCCUCUGCUCCGACCUCUGUCUCCUGGGAGUAUGAGAGUAGUGAUGGUGGGGUGUCUCUGCGCUGGCGCCCUCCAGUGGACAUGGGUGGUCGGAGCGAGGUGUGGUAUGGGGUGGUGUGUAGGAUCUGUCCCUCUGCCACCUUCACCGCCCCGGGGGCGUGCUCCUGGUGUGGAGAGGCGGUCACCUUCACCCCAUCCCAGACUGGCAUCAAGCAGACCAAGGUCACCCUCAACAACCUGCUCACCAGAGUCACCUACCUUAUACAGGUGCAAGCAGUCAAUGAUGUCUCAGCUCUGAGUCCUUUCCCACCUCAAUUCACCAGCAUCAAUUUCACUACUAGCCAAUCAGUACCCUCUCCGGUCCCUAGCCUGCACCAGUUGAGUCGAGCCCCAGACUCCAUCACCCUGUCCUGGCCACAGCCUGACAGACCCAAUGGAGACAUACUGGAGUACCAGCUCAGAUACUACGACAAGGGUUCAGAUGAGGACAGUGCAGUGAGUGUGUUCAGUGAGACCAACACAGUGACCGUCAACUCUCUGGCUCCUGGCUCCAUCUACGCCUUCCAGAUCAGGGCCCGUAACGAGAGGGGCUAUGGCCCCUACAGUCAUACUAUCUACUUCACUACAUUGGCUCUGGAGGGGAGUUCUAAGCAGAUCCAGAAUCGGCUCCCUCUAUUGGUUGGUUCUGUGAUGGGCGGAGCAGCCUUCCUCCUGGUCGUUGUGGCGAUAGUGGUCGUUUUUGUGUUCCGCAGUAAGAGGAGGGAGAGCCCCUACAGUGACAGACUCCAGAGGUACAUCAGCCACAAAGGGGGGGUGAAGUACUACGUAGACCCUUCCACCUAUGAGGACCCCAGUGAGGCGGUCAAGGAGUUUGCCCGUGAGAUCGACCCCUCUCACCUUAAGAUAGAAGAAGUGAUUGGUGCAGCCCAGUUUGGGGAGGUGUCUCGGGGGCGCUACCGGCCCCUGGGUCGUAGGGAGGUGCUGGUGGCGGUGAAGACGCUACGCUGGGGCGUGACAGACAGAGAGAAGGCAGUGUUUAUGACGGAGGCGGGGGUGCUGGGACAGUUUGACCACCCCAACGUGCUGAAGCUGGAGGGGGUGGUCACCCACAACCCACCAGAGAGGAUCAUCACUGAGUUCAUGGAGAAUGGACCACUAGAUGCCUUCCUCAGGGAGAAUGAGGACCAGUUCAGUGUUCUCCAGCUGGUAGGGAUGGUGAGGGGUGUUGGGGCUGGGAUGAGGUACCUCUCUGAGAGGAACUUUGUCCACCGGGACCUGGCUGCCAGGAACGUGCUGGUCAACUCUAACCUGGUGUGUAAGGUGUCUGACUUUGGGCUGUCGCGCCUCAUGAGGGGUCUGGACCAUAACAUGCCCACCUACACUGCCUCACUGGGCAGUAAGAUUCCUGUCAGGUGGACAGCCCCGGAGGCCUUCCAGCAUCGCAAGUUCAGCUCAGCUAGUGAUGUCUGGAGCUUCGGAGUGCUCAUGUGGGAAGUGAUGUCAUAUGGCGAGCGGCCAUACUGGGACAUGAGCAAUCAGGAAGUAAUGAAGGCGGUAGCAGACCAGUACCGUCUCCCAGCCCCCCAUAACUGUCCUCCAGCGCUCCACUCCCUGAUGCUGCAGUGUUGGCAGGCUGAGAGGGGCGACCGGCUAGGCUUCGACUCCCUCCUCUCCUCCCUGGACAGGCUCAUACGACACCCUGCCUCCCUCAAGGCAGAGCAUCCCCGCUCCACCCAGCCACUGCUAAGCCCCACCCCCACAGACCUGUCGUCGGUGGCGACGGUCAGUGAGUGGCUGACAGCGUUGAGGAUGGACAGGUAUAAGGACCAGUUUGAGAGGGCACAUCUGGACACACUGGACCGAGUCAGCAGGCUAACCAUGGAGGAUGUGCAGAACCUGGGGGUGAACCUGUUGGGACACCAGAGGAAGAUCACCAAUGCAGCCCAGCAGCUCAAAACUCACCUCACCCAGGGUCAGGUGGAGGUCUAGAACCCACCUAUCACCUGAGAGCUUCACAGGAAGUAACAGAGAGGUGCACUAUUGGAACUGUAGUUCAAGGCAAUGUAAGAUCUGGGAGGAGAGUUGCUGAGGAGGAACAGGAAGAUUUGAAGGGGAAAAGUCUUAAAAAAUGUGUUUUAUUUCACUUGUUUGCUGUUGUUACCAACUCUCUCUUUGCCAGUCUCUACUUCUCUCUUCCUCAUCUCUUUCUAUCACUCCUCCCACGUUGUCUCACUACUGUCCCUCCCUCUUUCACUCGUGUCACCACCCUCAAUAAAUCUCCCGUCACAAGCAAUUGCAUAGACAAUCAAAACUGAUUUUACUGAUUAAUGUUGACAUCAUGAACACUGUUCAUGAUUAUUUGUUAAGCUACAUCACAUCAUCUGUACUGAAAUCAGAAAAUGGCAACCCUUGUUGACUAAACAUUAGACAAUGGUUUUUCCCAUCAGUCACUAGCCUGGUCACUUUUAUGGGGAUUAUUCCAUUAGACUCAAGAAAUGGGGUUGUAGUUUACGUCGUGACAGAAUGGAGUCACCCACCAUUGAGCAGCACCCCCCUCUGUGUAUAUUUCACAGUUCACACUCCUUUUUUAUAGAUGGGUCACUGGGUCAUUUGAGCAUUGUGAAUGUGAAAUGGUUUAACUGGACUAUGUGUGAUCUGAUUGCCCAUCGAAGUAAGGAAGGCGAUGUUAUGCUUCGUGGGAAUUCUGGGUCUGUUUGUGUUAAUGUUCAUGUGUGUAUGUUGUAUGAGGAGCGUGUGUGUGUGCGUGCGUGAAGAAAUCCCCAUCAACUGAGGAGGGUCACCAUUCUGUGUCGCUCCUCCUUGAACUAUCCGCCGUCCGGCUAGCAAAAUCACACCGUUUUCCUUUAACAAUAAAUCCAUAGCACUUAGAGUACAAUAAAACAUAUCAACAUUUGUAACAUGACAGUUUAAUUCACACAGUAACAUUCAUUUCAUCCAUCUUCACACCUCCAAUGGUGUCCACACUACCAGGGUUCUGGGGGAACGUCCCUCCCUGGAGAAAGCCUCAGAUAAGGUGUGUUCGACCCCUUUGACAACCCACAGAUUGUCAGCCUUCAAACAGUGUCAUAAAUCAGGAUUGUGUGUGUGUGUGUGUGUCUGUGUAUGCACUUAAGUAAGUGUGUUUAUUUUUGUGUUCACCACUAUUCCACUAUUGUGCAAAUUUGUAAAAUAAAGAAUAUGAUUUUAUUUAAA